AUGGCGGAGAACUCUCGGACCAUGAGGUACGCCGCACAGCUGUUGAGCUCGCUGCCGGACUCAUUGUGGUCCGAGGGUCCUGCAGACGGGGGUCUAUAUGUCUGCUACCACAUCGCGGUGAAGACGGGCAACAUCCCCGGCCGGGGGCAGCUCGUACUCCACGAUCGAGGCCAAAGACGUGGGAAAGGCGUUCAAGAUCCGUAUCGGCCACGACGGCUCAGGCAUCGGAUCCGCCUGGUUCCUGGAGACGGUGGAGGUCAAGCACAUCACGAUGGCUAUGGUGACCAAGGAGAAGAAGAAGGAGACAAGAAGAAGAAGAAGAAAAAGAAGAAGGACGAGGAGGAAGGUGCGGAGGAGAUUCAGGAAGUGGUGGUGACGUAUCGUUUCGAGCUUCAGGUGGAGCUGCUGCCUGACGAAGCAGAAGACCUCGAAGACCUCGAAGUCAACACCUACGAAGUGUGCGUCUUCACGGGCGACGUGCUCGGAGCCGCGAGCGACGCCGACGUCUUCAUUAAUAUUUACGGCGAGAACGGAGACACCGGAGAGCGCUAUCUCAAGAACUCCGACAACCUCAACAAAUUCGAACGAGGCGAGGAGGAUGUAUUCAUCGUGACAGCUAUUGAUUUGGGUCCUCUGAAGAAGCUUUGGAUCCGUCACGACAACACACGGUCGUAUUCAUCGUGGUAUCUGGAUCGUGUGGAGAUAGUGGACACAAAGGAUGAUACGACGUGGGUGAAAUUUACCUUCACGCUAGAUUUUUUUCAGUGAUUUACGUUUUUAAUUUGAGCUGCCUUGUGGGAUUUUAGGUACUACUUCCCGUGUAACCGCUAGCUGGCCGUGGAUAGUUUGGCCAGAUAGCGAGAGAGCUAAAUAACGCAAAAUAAGAGACGUGUUCCGCUUCCCUGACAUGCUCAGUCUGGGCGAACUCUCCAAAGCGCGAGUGUGGCAUGAUAACAAAGGUAAUGAUGUCAUCAUUUUGUUUUAUUGAUAAUGUUGAUGCUGUUAGAUACGAUACAUCCGGUAUUAAAUUAAUCACUGUCAGCCCUCCCACUUCACAUGGAUAUUUGACUUCAAAAGCCGUCAAUGGCAGUGAAUGAGUUAAUGAACAUCGAGCAGUAUUUUAUCUUUAAAAACAGAAUAUUUGCCCAUUGUUUGUUUUUGUGUUUGUGUGUGGUAAUGUUUUUGGUAAAAAAAAAGGCACGGCUCUGGGCUGGCACCUAGACUAUAUCGACAUCAACGAUGAGAGCAUGAAUCAGACAUUCAGGUUCCCCUGCGACCGUUGGUUGGCCAAAAAUGAAGACGACGGCCAGUAUUUAACAAUGUACUCACGUUAUUUUUUGAUCAAUCCUCAUCCACAAACCCAUCAAAGUCCUCAUCUUCUGUAUCCGAAAUGAACAGCUGGGCAAGUUCUCCAACAAACACGCCGGGUUCCCACUCGUCAUUGUCAGAGUCAGUCUCGUUGCCGGGGGGCUGUUCAGCAAUGAUGCCGGCUUUCGCGAAAGCUCGGACAACAGCCAAAGUAGAUACCUUAGCCCAAACAUCCACAAUCCAUUCACGUAUGGUGGCGGAACUCGCCCAGCGCUGCCUCCCAGUCUUAGUAAAGCUGUGUUCGCCAUCUGUCAUCCAACGCAAAACAUUUUAAUAUGAUUUUAAUAUAUGAAAUCAAGUGUAAUGUUUUAUUAGGCCAAUGUACAUUGAGUAUUUUUUAACAUUUUUGAUAAGUCAAUGUUUGUUAAUAAAUGUACUGACUGAGAAUGUGUGUAGAAAUUGUGGUUGUGUCAUUUUGUGCUGCUCAGUGAGGGACUAUGAAUAAAUGCGUCAGAAAAGGUGCAUUUAUUGUCAGCAUUUUAGGCGUUUUAUUUGAAAAACACAUAGAAAAAGAUCAUAUACAAGACAAUAAAUAAAAAAGAGACAGAACAGUUUGGGUUAAGCUAUGCAACUUUUUGCAUUGUCAUUAGUAAUAAAUACAGUACAAAAUCCAC